AUGUCUCCAAACAUGAUUUGCGAAACUCUCCCAUCUUUUUCUCCAAGGCUCACUGUGGCCAAAAGAAAAGAGGCUCUCGAGCUCAGAAAGACAAUGAAACCUUUGAUGGAAAAAAGAAGGCGCGCUCGUAUCAACGACAGCCUGAACCAUUUGAAAAACCUCAUCAUUCCCCUCACUGGCAGAGAUAAGACUCGCCACUCCAAGCUUGAGAAAGCUGACAUACUGGAAAUGACUGUGAGAUUCCUCAACGAAAUUCCCCCUGUUAGCACGAAAAAUAUUGCUGACAGUUACAGAGAAGGCUUCAAAGCCUGCCUCCAGCGCGUCUCCACUAUGCUUCCCAAAACAAGCCUGGAUCAAGACGCGUGUCAGCGGGUGAACGAAUUCGUUCAGCAGUCCUCCUCCGCCACAGUCACCCCAACCUGCCUGAACUGCUGCGCUCAGAGCUCCAGGACUCUCCCUCAGAUGCAGCAGAAACUCCUGAGCCUCAAAUCCAGCUUCAGCAGAUUGGAGAGCCAGUCCCGCGGCAGCAGCAGCAGCGCAGUGGCUCCCAGCCGCUCGCAGCCCGGCCCACAGGCAGUCAGCGCUUCCAUGUGGAGACCUUGGUAGAUUUCUGAUGGCGGGGUCUCCCU